GCAUCUUUAUAUUCAAUUCAGUACAGUUUUUAACAUCAAAGCAUUCAAUCAUGCUCAGAAAAACGCCGACGAUAUUUUUGCAAAUCGUUUUCGUUUUGAUUUUUGCGGAGUUUGCCGUCGGUGUAACAAUCACACGAAAAGUGACGCGAAUUGAUUCAGAUGGAAAUAAACAUGUAUGGACAUCCACUUCCAACGAUCCCGAUGACAUUGUAGGCGAGAAUUUUCGAUUAAUACCUGACACUGUAGAAAGACGUUUUGGUGGUUCAAUUGUGCCAAAUGACGAAAAUAUGAAAGAAGUGGGAGUGAUCAAACGCGUAGAUUCUGAUGAAGUAGACAAAUUAUUUAGGCCUAUGCAAACUGUACCAUCAACAAUAACAUAUCGCUAUUUUAAUACAAGACCCACAUUUUCAUUAUCAGAUUUUGAUUGGCCUUCUGACAUUUCAACGACAACAAGAAAACCAAACUCUAAUUGGCCGUGGCCAACAAUUAACCAACCAACACCAGUAAAUACACCAGCAACACCUAAAAAAUCGGACGAUGAAGACAAGGUGUCUGAACGACGUCAAGAAUCUAAUGAAUCACCUGAAACAGAUUUGACAAAGAAUUGGAAAUCAAAUCCAUGGCUUUAUACACCUCCAAAUUAUGUUUACACCAAUAAGAAUAUGCCCAAAUUCGUUGACGAUGAUCCAGUUGUUACAACAACACCAAAAACUAAUAUAUUAUCCACAACAAAAAAGGCACUAACUCUAGAAGAAUUUCUGGAAUCAGAAUACGAUACAACGACAAAGAGGCAAGAAGAGGAUUUCACUACUAACAAAAAUGACAGGGUCAGUCACAACAGACGAACAACAACAACAACGCCUGCACCACAUAAUACUGAAACAUUUAUGCAGCCAGUCGAUUCAUCAGAUGUACUCACUAAAACUAUAAAGGUUGAAAAUAUAUUACCAUCAGAUACUCUGCCCAUCGAUAAACCAGCAAUUGGCAGGAUCCCUCCUGUUCGCACUACCACCACAAAUCACCAUACAAUGAGAGUAUAUCCAAUAUAUGUUGACCCCAUAAGUCAAUUCUUAGCAAAAGUGGAACUCAGCACAAACGAUAUAAUAGCGAAAGGUGGAGAGUUUUCAAAAGUUAUUAGUGACGAUAAUGGCAACGUUCUAACAGUGACAUUCUUAUUAAGCAGUGUGAAAAAACCCAACGAAAAUGUAGGAAGAAGGUCCAAUAAUUAUCAACCGAUUAAAUAAACAACUGCAUGUUUACAUAUGUAUGUAUAGAUAUAUAUAUAUUGCAGUGCUUUCCAAUAAAACAAUUAUUUUUAAUUAAAAAUAA